GCCAGUAGUAAUUCGGCAUCAAAAAGAAAAACUUUGUUUACCUUAUUUUAUUCUUACAUAAUUUUUUUUAUUUCAAUCUUUUGUAUGGUAAUUUUUGCAUGCUGUGAGAAAUUCUGUCAUUCGGAUUAGCACACACAUUAUACACGGUUUAACGAGCAGAAAUCGGUAUUUUCGAAAAUUAUUGUUACAAGAUGCGUUUUUAGUGGUAGAAAAGUUUAAGAAAAAAAUGAAAUUUUAUCGGACUAGUAGUGUGGUACUGCUUUAUUUUGUUAUUGUUAUCAUUGCUGAAGGAUCUAUUAUUAUUAUUGAAGAUGCAAAAGCAUGUUUCCGAAGGACUAUGGCAGGAAAACGCGUCGUACGAGGCCUGGUUAGGAAAUUGCUGAUUUGUGACACUGUAGAGCAAUGUCAGCAAGAAUGCGGCGAUGAGAGACGAUUUACUUGUGAGGGAUUCAAUUAUAGGUUGGAUCCUACCGGUAGAGGCAAGGGCGAAUGCGAACUGAUCGACUUACCUCUGACAAAAAUCGACAUCGACAGAGAGACCGUCAGAGAUCCGGAUUAUGAUUUUUAUGUUAGAGAUCGAAAUGCGGCUCAAGUCAAUUGUCGACAAUUACCUAGUGAUAAUAGUUAUGGUGGUGGUUACGAUUAUGGCGAAGGUGGUAAUAGGAGAGGGGAUGAUACGAGAACACCUUAUGAUCGAAGGCCAAUAGAAACAGCUAGACCACUCAGAAGACCAACUCAGGAUCGUUGGGAUGGAGACUAUGGAGAUCGAAGACCACCCCCACCAUAUUUACCUGAGGAUAACCGUAGACCAGACUAUGGAAAUAGACGAGGAGACUACUCAUUCCAUCACUCACACGAAUCACAUAGUAGUAACAGUUACCAUUACAAUGAACACUCACUAGAUAGAAUAAGUGAUCAUCAUCAGCAGACAAGACCCAUUCCCGGAAUCCAUUACCUACCCGCUUCUUAUGAGGACAGAUUCAUUCCUCUACCGCCGAAAAAGUAUCCUGUUAUUAUUCCUUUGGACGAUCCUCGGUAUCCCAAAGAUCCUUUACCUUCUAGAUAUCCUGGAGAUUAUGAAAAAUGGGGCUCUUAUGGUGAUAAAUAUAGAUAUGGUCUCAACCACCACCGCAAUAAUUACUACAUACCUCCAAAACCACUAAAACCUGAAAUUCCUGACGAUUGGGGCCGUUACGGUGGUAAUUAUGGUAAUGGGGUGUCAUUAGAAUAUCAGGGUUACCACAAUAAACAAACGUAUAAUUAUUGGGGAUUUAAUAAAUUGGACGAAGAAAGAAGACCCUUUCAUUAUGGUUCCGAUUUGUUACCACCUAGAAGGUAUUUGCCAACAGAAAAACCACAUAUAGCCGAGUCCUAUUUACCAUUACCACGACCAAAUAAUAAUGGCUGGUCUGGUGGGUACGAUUUAGAUAAUAAUAUUUUUCCUUUGGAACCUAGAAAGCCUGAUUUUGUUAAGGAUGAAUGUUCUUUACGAAGUGCCACAGGCUUUAGAUUACACAAAGGCAUUGUGAAAAAGUUCCUAUUUGUUCCAAACAUUUACGAAUGUGAACUUUUAUGUGUUAAAGAAAAAGAUUUUCCAUGUGCUUCAUAUGCUUUUAAAUACACAAUAAAUCCCAUCGUCUACAAUUGCUAUCUCAGCAACAGAAAUUACAAAGAACUCGAUUAUUACACCGAUGUGGAACCUGAUAGGGAUUUUGAUAUUUACACAAUGAAUAACAGAAACAGAUGUCAGGAACCUGUAUUGUUUUCAGGACGACAAAAUAGCGAUUGUUUUUGGCGAGUUCGGAGUGGCCAAAGACUCGACCACUCAGUAGUCAGAGAUUCUCUUAGUGUAAAAAACAUCGUCGAUUGUCAGUUGGAGUGUUUAAAUUCCAGACGGUUCACUUGUAGAGCGUAUAGCUUCAGGUAUGGUAUUCCAGUUGUGGGUGGUGCCAUAGACAAUUGCCAGCUGACAGAUUGGCCUUUUUACGAACUGGAUCCAAAAAUUCAUUUCGUUCCGGAACCUGAUUUUGAGGUUUACGAACGUGGUAGUUAUGGACACGGCUGUGAACCGGAUCAUUUCGGUAUUAGAGGAAAGAUUCCUCCUGUGAGGGAUAGUGAUAAAGUUGAUCAGUUGUGCUACAUCGGAUUCGGAUCAGCAGCAAAACUACUACCCAGAGCAACCAUAAAAUCAAUCUACGUUCCAACAGAGCUAGAUUGCAAGGAAGAAUGCUCGAAAGCCAGAGAGAGUGUUGCUUUUAGGUGUAUGUCUUUCAGUUUUGUCACUGAUGGACCAAAAAUCGGUCACAAUUGCUACCUCAGUGACAUAAUGCAAAGAGACCUACUACCUAAUGUCGACUAUGUCCACGAUCCAAAUUCCUGGUUGUUCACUUGGGACAACUACAAUCCAAAAUGUAUAGAACUUGCUUAUAAGCCAUCAUCUGCCAAUAAUUUUGUUGGUCACAGUGAUAGUGUGCUAAGAGAGAAUAGUUAUGUAGAAAAAUAUGGUUUAGAUUAUAUUAAUCCUUUGGAUGUUUGGAGAGUCUACAGCGUUAGUGGUUGGCCCUGCAAAAGAGGAACCCUCUGCAAAGAAAAUCGCGAAGCUGGAUUUUGGUACUGCGAACUAGAAUCAGGAGACAAGGAUGCUUGGGACUAUUGCUGCAGCCCGGAUCAUCACUGUGGCUUUUCAAACGGAUAUCCCUACUCAUGGUGUUACGUUGGUCCUACAAAAACCCAAUGGCGCAAAUGCAACGACCAAUAUUAUCCUUACAACCACAAUACCUUAGAUAGAUUUGACAGUGUCAGUAGACCUUGGCACACUUCCGGCCAUUUUCCACCGCGACCGCAAACUCCUGGGUACAGACCAGACAGGCCCAAUGCACACCCUAAACCAGUACCAUCCAAACCUACCUUGGAUCAAUAUGAGGAGGAAUUCGACAAUGAGUUUUUGAGUCCACCAAAACCUGGUGGUUUUGGACCACCCAGACGUUGGCCUGUGGCUUAUCUUCACAAGGAAUUGCCUCCAAAUGCCACUACUAGAAUGGAAAAGUCAUCCGAAGACACUAAACUAUCAGCAAUCAAAAGCCUCAUUGACGUAAUUAAGAACACCGAAAUUCAAAAUGUACAAUAUCACAUAUCAAAUGAUUCAAAACAUAAGGCUGAUGAUGUGCUGUAUGUGAAAAUACCUUUGCCAAAUUUCGAUGAUGGAUUUAAAAACGAUACGACUCAGAAAGCAUUAAAUGAACUGAGUAGCAACACUUCGGUGAACUUUGAAAAUGUUGAACGAAGUAGAGUACAAAAAUCACUGCCGUUACGUCAAGCACUGCCAGAGUUUACGACUCAAAAGUUAUUUUCAAGUAAAAUUUCGCCGGUAAGGAAAGGAUUUGUUACCAGAACAAACAUAACCAGUAUCAGGAAUUUUAGGUCGUUGUGAAACUUCUUGGAUACCUACAUGCAGGUACAGGGUGUUUGUUUAUAACUGGAACACUCAAUAACUUUUUUAAUAUUGAGAAUAGAGGGCACGUUUAAAUUGGAAAAUUUCUUUGUAAAUUGCAAUGAUCUUAAUCGCUACAAUGAGAUUUUUUUGUCGCCAUAAGUAUACAGGGUGCGCCAAAAAAGUCAUUUUUUCAAAUGGAACGCCCUGUAUAUUUUUGCAUUUUUGAAAUUCUUAGAAAGUUAGCUUCACAAACAUAUCAAAUAAUAUUUGGAUAACAAAAAUAUACAGGGCAUUCCAUUUAAAAAUAAUACCUUUUUGGCGCACCCUGUAAACCUAUGACGACAAAAAAAUAUCAUUGUAGCGCUUAAGGUUGCAAUUUACCAAGAAAUUUCCCAGCUUAAACAUGCCCUUUAUUUUCAAUAAUAUAAGAAAGUUACUGAGUGUUCCAGUUAUAAACAAACACCUAGUACCAUUAAGUUUCUUAAGAGAUUAUCGGUUGUUUUUUUUUUUUUAAUGUAAUUUGCUUAAUAUAUAUAUUUUUUUUAA